ACCCAACCCAACCCCAUUCAGAGCGCGAGAGAGAGAGAGAGAGAGAGAGAGAGAGUUCUUGUAACCCUUCACGAGGAAUGACAUUCUUGUCAUGGUUCGACGUUCGGGUUCGAUUCCCAUCUCCCUAAACCCUCUCUGAUUCUCUCCCCAUUCGUCAUCUCUACCGUCUCCGCUUGCUGGUCCUCUCCUUUCCGUUCACUGGUCGGGACAUUCUUUGGUAGAGGUCAAGGUCCCGAGCAUUGACAGUUCACGUUCCAGAUUUGCAAAUUGCAUGGCGCAACCACCAUCCCAUGUAUCCCACCUCAUCGCCCCAAACUGGCCUCCUUCCCCUCACCCCGGCGGUGGCGGCUGCCAACCUUCGUGGGUCGAUGAGUUCCUCGAGUUCUCGUCCACGAGGCGUGGGGCCCACCGGAGGUCGGCGAGCGACUCGAUCGCCUUCCUCGAGGCGGGGGAGUACCGGAAUACGGUCCGCCACAACGGCUAUGGGUUCGACCGCUUGGACGACGAGCAGCUCGUGUCCAUGUUCUCGGAAGACGGGAGCAUGACCGUAACUGUCGCGCUGCUGCCCCCGGCCUCCUCCUCCGGUACGUCCACGCCGUCGGAUCAGAACAGCAACAACGAGAAGAUCAAGCCGGCCCCGGCAAAUGCUGAUCGGGCGACGCGACAGCAAUUGCCCAAAACAGAACCUGGAAUGUUGGAGGUGGAUAGUUCGUGCAAGGCCGAAUCGGAUUCGGCCAAGGCUGCUCAAGCUUCCUCCGAUGCCGAUGCCGUUGUCGACCCGAAACGGGUUAAGAGGAUUUUAGCAAAUCGACAAUCUGCUCAGAGGUCGAGGGUGAGGAAAUUGCAAUACAUUUCGGAGCUGGAACGGAGCGUAACCACAUUGCAGAGCGAAGUAUCGGCAUUGUCGCCCAGAGUUGCAUUCCUGGAUCACCAACGUCUGAUUCUGAACGUCGACAAUAGCGCUCUCAAGCAACGGAUCGCCGCCUUGGCUCAAGACAAGAUUUUCAAAGACGCUCAUCAAGAAGCACUGAAGAAGGAAAUAGAGAGAUUGAGGCGGGUGUAUCAGCAGCAAAAUCUCAAGAAGAUGGCCGACGUGACCCCCGCCACCAAUCCAUCUUCGCCACCACAGGAUCCACAGGGGAGAUCCGACAACAACGGAUCAACAGAUAAGGACCAAAUCCUCGACCAUGAAAGUUGAAAAGGGGAGGAGGAGGAGGGGUCUCCUCGAAUUGGGCCAUCACGAUCACAUGGCGCGUGUUCCUAUCCAUCCCCCUAAAAAAAAGGGACAGAAAAAUUGAAAUGGCAGUUGAGAAAAAGCCCUUUUGUUUCAGUCUUCCCUCCCUUCAGCAAUCAUUAUUCUUGUUCUCUAGCCCUUUCGUUUUUUUCAGACUUUGGGUUCAAUCUCCGACAUCAUUGGGUAAAGUUUGUAGCGAAAGAGCGACUAUUGUAAUGAAAUCAUUGCGAUUGUCUAUCCUAA